AAGUAAACUACGUAGCUCUUGAGAAUACACGGAACCCACGGUGUGCUAAGUGAAGUGACAGACAGCUAAGACUUUAAAGGUUUUAAAUGAACUGUUCUAUUCGUUUUGUUUGCAGCUCUUGGGAGUCUAUUACUAAGUGCAGAUUAUUUGUUUGUAUGCGUUCCUGUAGCGUGCAUACUUUUUAACUGUCCAAACUCAACCCAACCUGUCAAGCCGUGCCAAUGACGUGGAAUGGAUAGUGUGCCAGUCAAAGGUGGAAGGAUGGUUUAAAGUAAUUAACUAUCGGACGGGGACAGUGAAGGCGGCGCAGCGAUGGACAAGGACGCACUCCGUCAGUGCGAACUCAUCCAGAAUAUGAUCGAGAUCUCCAUCUCUAGUUUACAAGGACUCCGAACCAAAUGCGCUGCAUUGAGCGACCUCACGCAGAAAGAAAUACGCACUUUGGAGGUGAAGCUGAUUAAGUACAUCUGUAAGCAGCUGCAGUGUAAGCAGAGAGUGCCUGAGAGACAGAGGACCCAGGCUCUGGCCAGCUACCCUCGACUGGGAGACUGGCUCUGCACCAUCAACCUCAGACCUGAACUCAUACAGGCUGUACCAGUGAAGCUGUCCCUGGAUGCUUUGCUGCAGAUGUCCAGUUGUCAGGUGCAGGACACCAUGAGACGGCUGGGCUCCAACCCAGAGGAGUGCUCUCGACUCACCGUUGCCCUCUCCUGCCUGAAGAGUGCCACUGAGACAGGUGGGGACAUCAGGGAAGACACAGGAACCUUGAUAUCAGAGUCGCCCCGCCGUGACAGUAACACAUUAUCUCCUCCGGACAGUCGCCCCUCCACCCCCGCCACACUACCCCGUGGCCCCAUCCUCAGUCCCCACACCCACGCCCGUUCUGUCUCUGUGACUGUUGUACCCUGUGAGGACGAUAAGGGGCAUCAAGUCUACACAGGUGACAUGACGGACACUUUCCCCUCCUCGCCGCUGCUCCUCUCCAAUUUCCCUCCCUCCCAGAGACGCACCAAGCACCCCCCACGCGCGCCCCCACCCCCCUCCCGAAUGCUGCUGCAACUCCCCUUCAACAUCACCCUCACACGCAGCAAGAGCCACGAGUCACAGCUGGCCAAUCGCAUAGAAGAGCCAGUGCCCAACAACCAGGGGGGGAAGAAGAACAAGCUGCUCCUGAACGUGCACAUCAACAGUAGCAGUGGGAACGGGUGUGAAGACUCCGCCCGCACCCCUGGUCCGGCCACCACCCCCUACACCCUCCCAGGCACCCCCACGCUGCUCGACCAUAACCUGGCAUUGCACCGGGUGUCUCCACAGAUAAUGAGGAGAGAUAUCGGCCUCUCUGUAACACACAGGUUUUCAACCAAAUCCUGGCUCUCACAGACAUGCCAAGUGUGUCAUAAGAACAUGAUGUUUGGUGUUAAGUGCAAACACUGCAAGUUAAAGUGCCAUAACAAAUGUACCAAAGAAGCCCUUCCCUGCAGGAUAUCUUUUCUUCCACUCCCGCAAAUCCGCCGAGCAGAAUCUGUACCAUCCGAUAUCAAUAAUCAAAUUGACCGUACGGCAGAGUUACCAAUCCAGUUUGGCACUUUACCUAAGGACUACCCUUCCAUGCUGAGCCAGAUGGAUUCCAGCAGUAACCCCUCCUCCACCACUUCCUCUACACCCUCCUCGCCCACCCCCUUCCAGCAGAGCAACCCCCCCAGCGUCACCGCCACACCGCCCCCCAAUCCCUCGCCCGGACCCCUGGGGACCCGAGACAGCCGAUUCCACUUCCCAGCUGGCUGUUAUUUACAACCUAGACAACAGUUUAUCUUCCCUGACGUUUCCUCUUCACCGUAUCCUGUUGAACUAAACUCUGAAGGCCACCAUGGCACUGGAGAUACACAGCAGCUGGCCCAAUUAGAACCUCCAUCUCAGGGACAGGAAGGAGGAUCGGAAGAGGAGGCAGAAGAGGAGGAAUACCUAGGAGAGGAGGAUGAGGGAAAUGGUAGCAGGGAGAGCAGAGAGAAGGGCCACACAAACGGAGAGUGUGAUGGGGAUGAGUUAGAGGACCUGCCCAGCUACCGGGGCAGGAUGGCCGGGGGCCGAUGGAGGGGACCCAUCUCCCGUAAGGCCAGUCAGACCAGCGUGUACCUGCAGGAGUGGGACAUCCCCUACGAGCAGCUGGAGCUGGGGGAGCUCAUUGGCAAGGGCCGUUGGGGGAAGGUGCAUAAGGGGCGCUGGCAUGGAGAGGUGGCCAUCCGGCUGCUAGAGAUAGAUGGUAAUAACCAGGACCACCUGAAGCUGUUUAAGAAGGAGGUGAUGAACUACAGGCAGACCCGCCAUGAGAACGUGGUCCUCUUCAUGGGAGCCUGCAUGGCCCCGCCACACCUCGCCAUCAUCACCAGUUUCUGCAAAGGUCGGACACUAUUCUCUGUUGUAAGAGAUGCCAAGAACACACUAGACAUCAACAAGACAAGGCAGAUUGCUCAGGAAAUUGUUAAGGGUAUGGGCUACCUUCAUGCUAAAGGAAUUGUUCACAAGGACCUGAAGUCCAAGAAUGUGUUCUAUGACACAAACAAAGUGGUAAUCACAGACUUUGGUCUUUUUGGAAUGUCCGGAGUGGUACAAGAGUACCACAAGAGGCGAGAGAACGAACUAAGGCUCCCUCAUGGCUGGAUCUACUACCUGGCCCCUGAGAUCGUCCGCAGGAUGGGUACUGGGAACCAUGAGGACCGCCUGCCUUUCUCUCAUGCUGCAGACGUCUACGCCUUUGGCACCAUUUGGUACGAGCUGCAGGCCCGUGGCUGGCCACUCACCAACCAACCGGCAGAGGCCACCAUCUGGCAGGUGGGCAGCGGUGAGGGCAUCAAGAAGGUCCUGGCAAAGGUCAGCCUGGGCAAGGAGGUCACGGAGAUACUGUCUGCCUGUUGGUCCUUCAAGCCAAAAGAGCGUCCCUCCUUCACCCAGCUGACUGACAUGCUGGAGAAGCUGCCGAAGCUCAACCGCAGGCUCUCUCAUCCAGGACACUUCUGGAAGUCAGCCGAGCCCUGGGUUCAUCAUCAUUGCUUGCGGGACCAUUGCAGUAAGGGCCUGCAGUCUCGCUGCCCCUACAUAUACAAAUAACACAUCUCUCAGUGGCAACUUGUGCUUAUCAAUUCUAAGGAAUAGCCUGUUUGGUAUUAGAUUCAGAGGAAUUCAGAGGAAUGGACUACCCUGCAUAAUGACAUCAACUGGUAUCACAGCCAAUAGAGUAACCAAUAUAUAGAGUAAUGUAUCUUAGUCAACUUGCUAAAUGUACCAUAAUGCACUGCCUGGGUUGUUUGUUAGUUUGUUGUUCUUUGCCUAACUGUAGUUCAUGUAUUGACAUUUUGGUACUAGUAGUGGCGCAAACAGUCUAGUCUAACCGCUUGCUUUCUUUAAAAUGUUCCUCUCUCUCUCUCACGCUCGCUCUCUCUCACGCUCGCUCUGUACUCUCUCUCACGCUCGCUCUCUUCUCUCUUUUCCUCUUUCUCUCUCUCUUUUUCUGUCUCUCACCCUUCAACUUAGUUCUAGCCUUCAGUAUGCAAGAGGAAGUAAUACUAUGAGGUUCAAUGUCAAAUGUUGAUUUGCCUCUUGUGCACUCUUUGUGUGCCUGUGUCAGCAUGCCCUGUGUGUGUGUGUAUAGGGACAUGUGUGCAUGCUUGUUUGGUUGGUUGCUGAAUGUAAUGUGCUGGACAUCCAGAGGUUAACCCUGUGAAAGAUUGUAGUGAUUGAAUGUUAGCAGUGAUAACAACACAAAUAUAAAUGUAUCCAAUAUAUAAAUAUAUAUAGAAUUGUUUUAUUUAAUGUACAGAUAACAUUUAUUUUAUUAUGUGUACAAAGUCUUUAUAUUACAUUGUACGUUACAUUAUAGGUACUUCACAUCUAAUUAUGUAGAGCUUUAAAACCUAUUUUUCCCUCAUAAAACACCAUGUAAACAAAUUGUACAUUACUUAAAGAUGGGUUGAUGGUUUUUAUGUAAUAAGAAUGUAUAUUUUUGUACAGAUUGUGGCUACACUCUGAAAGAGUUUCUGGUUUCCUCAGUGAAAGACGAUAAAACUAAACUCACGUAA